CGGGAAGUUAUAUCUCAAAAUCUACGAAAUUAAAUCACACGAAUAACGUAUUUUUUGUGACAUUUGUUUAAACUUCACGCACAACCCGCACGCACGCUCUUUUAAAAAACUGCUGAUAAAAAGGAAUUUGUGCGCACUUCCUGGACCUAUGUUUUUGUUUAUUUUGGAGAAGGGACAAUAACUGUUACUUCUUCUUCUUACUUCUCUGUUAAUUCACAACCCCCACCCCCGACACACACACACACACACACACACGCACACAGAAAAAGUGAAGUUGUAUUCGGUUGCUGUUUCAGGGGCUUUGACAUGGAGAAUCAGCCGGUGAUGGGCCACCAGAACAGAAACUAUGGAACGACCAAUCCGGGAUACGUACCCACGGCGGAGGGGGCCCCCGCCAUGUUCGCCCCACCCGCGGCUGGCUUCUCGGGCCCCAGCGCUCCUCCGGCCGGCAUGUUUGACAGCGUGCCCGGCUAUGAAGGAACCGUGGCAGGAGGAGGAGGUGGAUUUCUGCCCCCACCCAUGCCGGCUUUCCCGGCUCCCCAGCCUCAACCUGGACCCGAACAGCCACAGACCUGGAAUAUCCCUUCGAUAACUGAAGACACAGCUCGGGAGGCCUUCGCCCUGUUCGCCUCCAGCAAGUGCUGCUACAGUUCGGCGCCGGUAAAAGACGGCGUGAUCACCAGCAUGGACGCGUUCAACACGUACAGGUACCGCCUGGAAACCUUCACGGAGUCGAGAUCUACCGAGUGGAGUCACAAGCCGUACAAUGGCCAGCCGGUGGACGCCUUCUCCCAACCGUCUCCGGGUCCUUGGGAUGUUCCUGCUAAAACCCCCAGUUUCUUCGUGGGUGACAAACAGGUCAUGAAGGUUCCAUACACGUCGUCCAUGAAGCCCUGCCACGCCUGUGUGGGACUGGGGAGAAAACCUUGCAAACACUGCUCCGGCUUUGGAAAUAGAGUCUGUUCGCCGUGCAACGGGUCUGGUAUGCAAUACGGAGGCAAUCAAUGCCUCCACUGCAGCGGCAGAGGGAGGACGAAUUGCAGCUUCUGUCACGGGGAAGGAGCCAAGCAGUGUGACACGUGUCGUGGAAAACAGCAGCUUCUGGUCUACAUCAGCCUCACCGUGAAAUGGACCAACAACUGUGACAACUACGUUGUGGAGCAGUCGAGUGGGCUGCAGGUGGACAACCUCUGCAAAGUGUCUGGCAAGCGACUUUUCAGGGACUCUCAGCACCUGGUAUACCCAGUGAUGGGCUUCCCAGACCCUGCAGUGGUGAGUGCUGCUCAGCGCCUCGUCGGUGAACACCAGGGCAAGUACUCAGCCACGUCACGCAUCCUGCAACAGCGUCAAACCAUAGAGCUGAUCCCCGUCACCAAGGUGACCUACGCUUGGAAAGGGAAAUCGCACAUUUACUUUGUUUACGGGAAAGAGUUCAAAGUAAACGCGGACAACUAUCCUGCUACCUGUUGCUGCACUGUCAUGUAAUUUACAACCGUAUGAAGGUUUUUUUUUUCAUUUUUACAGAUGAUUAGAUAUCAAAAUAAGUUGUAUGUCAAUUCUGCUGACUAAUGGGGAGCUCCAGCACAUUUGGGCUGUUGACGUCCAAUCGAGUCAAACGGCAUUUAAAACGGUAUGAAGCAAGUUAGCGGAACAGAAGGAAGUCUAUUUACCUUUGACCAACUACUACUACACGAUAACUAAUGUUUUGGAAACCAUUUGUAUUGUUACGUGCCAUUUGUAUGUGUCACAUCGUGUUAGUUCUAUGUGUACGUGUGUCCCCAGUGUCUCCUGAUCGUUCAUUCCCAUCCCCUCUCAUAUACAAUAAUACUAUAUGAACUAUAUUCCCUGAAUCCUGAACCUUUUUGCUCACAUAUGGCGGACGUGAUUUGGAUUUCUUUAUUCUUUAAUUAACAGUAAAACAAAUAUUUAUUUGUACCAGUGGUUUUUUUAUGUUAGUAAUAUGUAUGUGAACCUCAUCCUAAUCUCUCAUAACAGAACUAAUAGUUUUAUGUGAAUGUAACAAAUUGUUAAAUGUUCAUGAUCAUAUGAGACAAAACAUAAUACUUUAUUUUGAACUGUUCCUUGCUUUCAAUAAAUGCUAUUUCUUCUUGUGUUUUACAAGUAA